GGAGAACCACCCAAGUUCUGCAGGCCGCGGGAGUCCUGCAACUGAACAUCAAGCGGCGGGUCCCCGAGGCGCAGGUUCGGGACGUCGACGUGGCGAGGCUCCGGGCGGAGUUCGACGGGGUGGCCGACGCCGGGGGGCGCGUGGCGCGCGUCCCCGUGGCCGAUGCUGAGAAGCUGGCG